UCUCAUUUAAAUGUACAAUAAAUGCAAUAUCCUUAUAUGCCUGUAGCUUACAUUAAGCUUAAAUAAACAACACAAUCGAUUUUCAUGAGAGUUUCAGUGAUUAUUCUUAGAGAUACCAGGAAAGUUUAGAAAGUAGUUUUAACUACAUCCAAAAAUAUACCAAGUGCCAUAGAUGAAUUAUUGCUCAUCUUUGUCGAAUUAGUUAACAAAGUGAAAUAUACUGAUGCAAACAUACCCGUGACCUGAAACACUAAAAUCGAGAUACACUGAUAAAGUUCCGUAUUUUUUUCUGAGUGAAGUCAGGAUGUACAGAUAGUAUUGGAAGAUAAAUCAUCAACACUUUUUGGAAAAGAAGCAGCAUUAUUUGUUCCAAGUGGCCUCAUGGGGAAUUUAGUCGCAAUGAUGGCUCACAUAAAAAAUCAACGAGGAUGUGAAGUAAUUGUUGGUGACAAAAGUCACAUUUUAUUAUGGGAACAAAGUGGAGCUGCACAGUUUGCAGGUUUGCAAAUGAGAGAAGUCAGAAAUUUGCCAGAUGGUUCAUUUGAUAUGUCAGAAUUAAAAGAUAAAUGUCGACCGUCAAACCCAUGUGAUUACGAAUCUUAUACGUCAUUAAUUUGUAUAGAAAACACUCAUAACUAUCUUGGUGGUGUAGUAGUUCCUCUUGAGUGGCUUGAUCAACUAGGAAAAUUUGCUAAGGAAAAAGACAUACCUUUGCACAUGGACGGAGCUCGAAUAUUUAACGCAGCCGUACACCUUGGUGUUCCUGUCAGUCGAAUAUCUGAACACUGCGAUUCCGUGACGUUCUGUUUAAGUAAAGGACUCGGGGCACCAAUUGGUGCAGUUUUGCUAGGCAAUAAAAUGUUUAUCGAAAAAUGCCGAAGAAUUAGGAAAUCCUUGGGUGGGUCUAUGCGCCAAGCCGGGAUCGUGGCCGCAGCUGGAGUAUACGCCUUAGAUAAUUGUGUGGAAAGACUGGCCGUGGAUCACUGGCACGCCAAGAAAAUCGGGAAUGCUAUUCAUCAAAUGGCCAGUCCUGAUGUGACCGUUAACCUUGAAAAAGUUGAUACCAAUAUACUGAUUGUAAAGUUAAACAAUUCAAAGAUCAGUUCACCUGACUUCUACAACAUGCUGUUGAAGGUAGACAACGAAGACGAUAAUAUUCCGAGUGAAAUCAAUUUAACGUCUGUUAGAAUAUCAUAUUUAUACAAAGGAUGCGUGAGAUUAGUUUUGCAUAAAGAUAUUUCCGAAAAGGACGUGGAUAUGGCUAUUGAAAAAAUAAAAUACGUUAUUGGAAAAAUCAAAUCCUCGAAUUAAAUUAUUAUACUAAACCAAAAAAGUGUAACAUCAUAAGUAAAAGGAGAAAUUAUUUGUACAAUAUAGAAAUAUAUUACAUACCUAUUAAUGUGCAUAGAAUGUAAAAUUUAAAUCAAAA